GUGGGGGACCUCUACCUCAGUUCUUUUUCGUCGGUCGUGUAGGUUAGAUCAUUAGGUGCGCGCACUCGCGAACGGUUUUUAAAAUUUGAACAAUUUGUUUUAUGCAGAUGUUCAAACGAGUGUUAGGCAUUGUACGAAUUAAUCAAGCCGUUCGAUCGACGAUCGCUUACGUUAUCGUUAGUGAGCCAACAAGAUGCCUUGAGUGCAAAUAAACAUCGUAUUCGAUAACUUGUUGCAAAAAGUUAAACAAGAAAUAACUUCGUAAAGAGUUUAAUUAUCUAGAGAGCGAUUAACAAAAAUAAAAGUGGAGAAAGAAGGAGAGAAAAACGGUUCCUUUCCCUUUCAUUCGCCGCUAAAUAAAAGUGAAAUCUUUUGAACUUGAAAGGGGAACAGAGAGGUGAACGGUGAAUACUGAAUAAACUCACCAUAUGCGUGAUUUAUAGCGAUAUAUUUCGGUUGUAUGAUUUUAUUUCAUAAUACUUUUUUAGUGCGUUGCUGAUCAAAUUAAAUAUGAAGUUUAAAUCUAAAUAUAAUUGUGAAUACAUUUUUAAAAUACUGCACAAUUUUGGUUAGUUUUUUUGUCUUUAAUUUAUUAAGUUGAUGUUUGAGUGCAUUUUAAAUCUUGUGUUAAUUUAUUAGCCAUUCGAGAUUAUAAAACGAAACAAACAGUGAACCAUAGUUACCUGUAAUUGGCCAUCAGUUUCUUUGGUUAAAGACUGGGCAUUUUCAAUUUAUACCAUUAUGUUUUCAAUUUAUACCAUUAUGUUUGUUCCGGAAGACGAAGCGGUGGAGAAUUAAUAUUGUUAGAUGUCUUAUUGGCUAAUAUUGCAUAAUUAAAUAAAAAAGAAAAACGUCGUUGACGAAAUUUACUGGAAAACUGUUUGUAUACGGAGUGUAGCCCAAUAGUGAUUUUGCUCUAAUCUCAAGCCUGGAUAUUAAUCUGGCGGGAAGUAUAUAGGUAAUCUACUUGUAGAGGUUUUACGUCUUUUAAAAAUUAAAUGAAAACAGUGUCAAGUAAUAUUGAGAGGAUUUAACAUAUUAUAGAAGUUUCGAUCAACUUGUGGAGAGCUUCAAUAUUCAAUUGAUUCCAUUGAUGCCAAUGAAUAACUUAUCUUGACAACUAAUAAGAUGCCAACAUGCGAUAAUAAAUCUAAGCUGACAUCUCUUGGAAGUCUCUCAGCAGCCGAACUUGACCAUCAUGACUCCGAAGCGGCCAAAGUCAAACGUACCAAAGAGCAAGCAUAUUUCAAUUCCUAUGACUUCGAUGCAAUAGAAGUUCUGCCAUACGACGAAGAUGAAGAAGUAUGCCCGAAACAAAAUCAUCAACACCAUGCAAGCCACUCAACUCAUCACUAUUCUAAAUACGCUGUUCCCGGAUCCAAAGCCUACCAUAAUUUACAACAGUCACAUUCAAAUUUAUCAUCUGCAUUAACACCUGGCAUCACACAACCAGACGUUAGCCAUAAUUUGAAAAAUCAACCUCAUCAUAACCAACAGUCACAGCAUCAGUUAAAGUCAAAGAAGAAAAAAGAUUCCACAUCCAGUCAUUGUUCCAGUACCAGUAGCAGUUCCUUUUCUCAUCCCAAUAAUCCAACGAACGCAAAGAGAACCUAUUUGAAAAGAAUCGGUGCGUUUUUGACGUCACAUUCGAUAGGAAAACAAUCUUCAAUUGAGACUUUGGCUGAUAUUGAGAAGCAGACCAAGUGUUCCUCAUCGUCAAAUCAAGUAUCGUUAAAUAACAGAUCUGCUGUGGCGAAACUUUUUGAAAGCAGCACUACCAACACCGACGAUGUUCCCGCCAGCGGAAGUAUUAAGCGAGAUCAUGUCAUAGAUGAAACUGCCAAUGGUAAUUUUCUCCUCCCGAGGGCCAUGCUGAAGUAUCAGAGUGUUGGCUAUAGCAAUUCAAUGCCACUGGCGGUCAUCUCUAAUCUAGGAGGCUCGUCGACCAGCCUAAGCGGCAGCCAACGAAACCAAGUCACUUACAGUAGCAUAAUAUACAAGUCCAAGCCAAUUCCCAUGGAAUCUUCAAUCAGUGCCACCGAUACAGCUAUAAACAACAAUAAACAAAAGCCACAAGUUAAUAUUAAAUCCAGCAAAAUUGCAGCCGAGAAUUCCGGUUUAGUUUCAUCAUCUUCUUUAGCGUCGGCAUCCUCCUCAACGUUCGCCAAGUCUAUGUUGACUUCAAGCUCAUUGUCUGCUGCAUCAGCGAUUAUUAUAGACGAAACGAGUGCAAAUGUUGGUCUUAGUGUAGUCGGACAAGCUUCUGCUGGUAGUGCCCCAGUAGUCUCCUCGAAAUCAAUCACGAAUUCAAAUGUUGUUAGUUCAAUUACCAGUGAUCUUCAGCAGAGCUACAAUGAGAAAUUAGUUUCAUCUGCAUCGUGUUCGUCCUCCUCAGCAAAUGCUGCUAUAAUUGGUAAUGGUAUACUCAGUGAUAGUCGUAGAAGCAUCACGACAAAAACAAAUGUUGGCAGCGAAGGUGCCGCCAUUUCUUCUACUCAUAAUAGUAGUGGAAGAGGCGCUCGUGAGCGAACAAGUUCUCAAUCGCAUUACUCGACCGAUAAAAGUGGAUCGUCGGGAUAUUAUAGUUCGAACGUUUGUUCCACGUAUUCGGUGGAGGAUCACAUUUAUUGUGAACCUACCAUUGACAUACUGGAAGUCAACAAACCUGCCCCCUCACAGUCUUCAAAAUUCGGUCAUCCGAGUAACCAUCGGCAAAUAAUGAUCGUUAAUAACAGUGAUGACGACGAAGAAGAUCAUAAUGAUCAUCGGACUCAUGUCAAACAAAAUCACCAACGUCAGAAAGAAAACAUGAAGCAGAAUCUACAAAUCCUUGAGACUAGUAUUGAAAAUUUGGACAGGCAUCUCAAGAGCUAUCCUAAGCUUAGCAACCACGAUCGAUUAAACAUGUUUAUUCGGCCGAAUCCCCAAGCAAUACCAACGCACUCGGACCAAGCAUACAAUGUGAGCAGUAUUGUUCCCGAAGCAGCAAAACAUCGCUAUGGACAUCUGCCAACAAUUAUGGAAGGUGGUUCGAAUGAAGUACCGGUUCGUUUACAAAAGUCUUGGCAGGAUGAAAUCGCUGAAGAUUCCCUGCUCGAUAUUGAUCUCGAUUCAUUUCUUUUAACCACCAAAGGGAAAAACAAAAGCUCGGCUAUCGACGGAAUUGACAAUCCGACUUUUGACAAAUCUGUGAUCCUUCACGACGAAGACAUGGAAAACCACUAUAAAUGUGCAAAGUACAUAAAUUCUUGUCCUGAAGAUGCGUAUAGAUUAGAAAGUGAAGUAGGCAACUCGCUGGACCAUUUUUUAAAAAAGUAUGACGAUCAAAUACAUUUUCAAAACACCCGUGAACUACUCGAAGACGUUCGUGAUAAAAUUCGACUACUGUCAGAAUCGGCUGAAGGAACAGCCACUGCAAAAGCUUCAGGUAACAAUGACAAAAAAAACAUUCCUCAUGAACUAGAUACUAUGAUAAAGGCUCUCAAAGGUGAAUUGGAAUCCUACCUCGAACGAAUGAACCAACACAGCGAAAUGGAAAUACGUCAGCUUUGCACGGGAUUGGUAAAGAACCAGAAUAUUGUUCGAAUGAAAAAAGCCUUCGAAAGGCGAAAAUCCAAUGCUAGUGAUUCGGAAUACGAUAUCGCUUACGAGGCUAUUCGUGACGGUACGGUCAUAACUGUGCAGCAUACGCAACAGCAUAUCGAAACGACGUCUAUCCGUUGCUCUAGUGAUCCCAAUUUUAAAAUGAAACGAAAAUCGUUGUGUGAUGUUUUCCCAAAAAUGGACGCGGAAUGUUAUGUUGGCACCUCCAAUAUGACUACAAUGGCGGGUGGUAGUGUCAUUGGUGUACCUAGUGUUUCGGGUCAAUUCAAUUCAAAAUUGAAUGAUACUUCGGUUGUGGGAAGAACGCAAUUGCAAAGAAAUCUAUCUUUUCAUAAGCCAAUCUUGAACAAACUAGACGGAGACGUCAACGAAGAAGGAGACAAAGACUCUAUAAAUGACUGGCAUCAAAAGAAACCGAGCAACUGGGAAAUGUACUAUGGGACAAAUAGAUUAAACCAAACUCUCCUUGGCAAGCGAGGAGUCGUAGCGAACGGAAAUCAAGCGAUUAUGUCAUAUCCAUCAUCACGACCUGAAUCGGAUUUUACUCUAGAUCUUCCAAGAGCAGAACAGUUGCGCAUAAAAAUGGAAAAGGAGAAGAAAUUUCGACGCAGGUGUCGUUACUUAACGACAUUUUUAAGUUUGGUUUUCUUUCUAUUAACAGUAAUGGUUGUUAGUCUGGUACUAACUAGAGGAAAGCGAAUGUUUGGAAGUAUGAUCUAAACAAAACAAAAAAAAAAUCUUUUGAAUAAUUCGCAAUUAGAUUAAUAAGCCUUCAAUGUAUAAUUUUCAAUGCGAUUUGAUAUCCAAUUUUGGGUUAUCCUCUUUAACGAUAUCUAUAUGUUAAAUUGUUUUAAUUAAAUAUUAGUAUAAUAUGUAUAUGUACAACGAAUCAGUGCCGUAACAACAAUAUGUAAAUGUAAUUUAAAGCAGUUUAAAACUGAAUAAAAGCAAAGAAUUGUUCUUUAUAGAAUUUAAUCGUGGGAUUAUGAGGUUUGGAAAUUCUUGACACUUUAAACAUUAUAAAAUUAACACUCAUCUAGUUAAAAAAAUUCAUUGUAUUUUGUUUUUUUGUUAAGUCUUUUCUUGUCGCAUACUUUAUGUGAAUAUAUGUAAAAGGAAAACAGUAUUGUUAAUAAAUUAUUUUGUGAUCUUAGUUUUUAAGGUAAUGUGUUGUUAGUAAUACCUAAUUAUAAUAAUUGUAAAACCAGUUAAAAAAUUGUAUAAAUAAAUUGACAGUAACAAAUUUGAGCAUA